AUGUCUCGGCCUGUCAGAAAUAGGAAGGUUGUUGAUUAUUCACAGUUUCAGGAAUCUGAUGAUGCAGACGAAGAUUAUGGAAGAGAUUCGGGCUCUCCCACUAAGAAAAUUCGAUCAUCUCCUCGAGAAGCUAAACAUAAGAGGCGAUCUGGAAAGAAUUCACAAGAAGAUAGUGAAGACUCAGAAGAAAAAGAUGUGAAGACUAAGAAGGAUGAUUCUCACUCAGCAGAAGACAGUGAAGAUGAAAAAGAUGAUCACAAAAAUGUGCGCCAGCAAUGGCAGGCAGCAUCUAAAGCAGCAUCUAAACAGAGAGAGAUGCUCUUGGAGGAUGUGGGCAGUGAGGAAGAGCCAGAGGGAGAAGACGAGGCACCAUUCCAGGAAAAAGAUUCUGGCAGCGAUGAGGAUUUCCUAAUGGAAGAUGAUGAUGACAGUGACUAUGGAAGUUCAAAAAAGAAAAACAAAAAGAUGGUUAAGAAGUCCAAACCUGAGAGAAAAGAAAAGAAGAUGCCAAAACCCAGACUAAAGGCUACAGUGAUAUCAAGUCCAGUAAAAGGCAAAGGAAAGGUGGGCUGCCCCAUAGCUUCAAAGGUGUCAAAGGAAAAAACACCUUCUCCCAAAGAAGAAGAAGAUGAGCCAGAGAGCCAUCCAGAAAAGAAGGCGUCUGCAAGUCCUCCACCUGAGAAGUCUGGAGAUGAAGGGUCUGAAGAUGAAGCCCAGUCUGGGGAAGAUUAAAAGUGAUGAUGGUUUGGGGAGAGAUUUUAUUAAAAAAUAAAAAAAGCAAAAAAGAAGGGGAAAAUAGAAAGCUACAUAAGAUAGAACAUGGUAUUGGCUAUUGGCUAUGGCCUGACUCAUGGGCUUUCAGUGCUUGUUUCCACUUGUUGAAAAUAGUCUCUCUCUCUCUCUCUCU